AUGAAUACGGCCCUAACGCGGGUGGGGCCCGCGGCCGAGCGGCCCGCGCCGCCCGAGGAGGUGGAGGGCUCUGAGGCGGUCGGGAAGGAGCCGGCGGCGGACGCGGCCCCAGGGCCCAGCACGGCGUUCCGCCUCCUGGUGACUAGGCGGGAGCCGGCGGUGAGGCUGCAGUACGCGGUGAGCGGCCUGGAGCCGCUGGCGUGGUCCGAGGACCACCGCGUGUCGGUGUCCACGGCCCGCAGCAUCGCUGUGCUGGAACUCAUCUGCGACGUGCACAACCCGGGCCAGGACCUGGUUAUCCACCGCACAUCGGUGCCCGCGCCUCUCCACAGCUGCUUCCUCAAAGUUGGCUCAAAAAGGGAAGUUGCCGAGUGUAAACAGAGAUUUGCCACCUCUGAAGACCCCACAGUCAGUCAGACUUUCAUGUUGGACAGGGUGUUCAACCCUGAGGGGAAGGCUCUGCCACCACUGAGAGGGUUCAAGUACACUAGCUGGUCCCCCGUGGGCUGUGAUGCUAAUGGCAGGUGCCUCUUGGCCGCACUGACCAUGGACAAUCGCCUGACCAUCCAGGCUAACCUCAACAGACUGCAGUGGGUCCAGCUGGUGGAUCUGACAGAGAUUUAUGGAGAGCGUCUCUAUGAGACCAGCUACAGGUUCUCCAGAAAUGAGGCCCCGGAGGGCAAUCUCAGGGAUUUCGCCGAGUUUCAGAGGCGUCACAGCAUGCAGGCACCAGUCCGGAUGGAGUGGUCAGGCAUCUGUACCACCCAGCAGGUCAAGCACAACAAUGAGUGCCGCGACGUGGGCAGUGUGCUCCUGGCUGUCCUCUUUGAAAACGGGAACAUUGCUGUGUGGCAAUUUCAGCUCCCGUUUGUAGGAAAGGAGUCUAUCUCUUCAUGCAACACAAUUGAGUCAGGAAUCAACUCUCCUAGUGUUUUGUUUUGGUGGGAAUACGAGCACAACAAUCGGAAAAUGAGUGGCCUUAUUGUGGGGAGUGCUUUUGGGCCUGUAAAAAUCCUUCCUGUCAAUCUUAAAGCAGUUAAAGGCUAUUUUACCUUAAGGCAGCCUGUAGUCUUGUGGAAAGAAAUGGACCAGUUGCCAGUCCACAGCAUCAAGUGUGUGCCACUGUACCACCCUUACCAGAAGUGCAGCUGUAGCUUAGUGGUGGCCGCACGAGGAUCCUAUGUGUUUUGGUGUCUUCUCCUGAUCUCCAAAGCAGGUCUGAAUGUUCACAACUCUCACGUCACGGGCCUGCACUCCCUGCCAAUCGUCUCCAUGACUGCUGACAAGCAGAAUGGGACGGUGUACACUUGCUCCAGUGACGGCAAGGUGAGGCAACUGAUCCCCAUUUUCACAGAUGUGGCGUUGAAGUUUGAGCACCAGCUGAUUAAACUCUCCGAUGUGUUUGGCUCCGUGAGGACACACGGGAUAGCCGUGAGCCCCUGCGGCGCAUACCUGGCCGUCAUCACCACUGAGGGCAUGGUCAACGGCCUCCAUCCCGUUAACAAAAACUACCAGGUUCAGUUCGUUACUCUCAAAACCUUUGAAGAGGCAGCUGCUCAGCUUCUGGAGUCUUCUGUCCAGAAUCUCUUCAAGCAGGUAGAUUUAAUAGACCUAGUACGCUGGAAGAUUUUAAAGGAUAAGCAUAUCCCUCAAUUUUUACAUGAAGCUUUGGAAAAAAAGAUUGAAAGCAGUGGGGCCACCUAUUACUGGCGUUUCAAACUCUUCCUCCUGAGGAUUUUAUACCAGUCGAUGCAGAAAACCCCUUCAGAAGCCUUAUGCAAACCCACUCACGAGGACUCAAAAAUCUUACUAGUUGACUCACCUGGGACGGGCAAUGCUGAGGAUGAACAGCAGGAGGAAGGCACUUCUUCCAAACAGAUCAGUAAGCAAGGCAAAGACGGUGAUCCAGAGGACCCCACAGAGGACUCACUCCCUCAAUCUGGGGAUACUGGAGGCCGAGAGCCAAUGGAAGAGAAACUCCUUGAAAUCCAGGGAAAAAUUGAAGCAGUGGAAAUGCACUUGACGAGGGAGCACAUGAAGCGAGUCCUGGGCGAAGUAUACCUACACACCUGGAUCACAGAAAACACUAGCAUCCCCACCAGGGGACUCUGUAACUUUCUGAUGUCUGACGAAGAGUAUGAUGACAGAACCGCACGGGUGCUGAUUGGACACAUCUCAAAGAAGAUGAACAAGCAGACCUUCCCUGAGCACUGUAGUUUGUGUAAGGAGAUCUUGCCCUUCACAGAUCGCAAGCAGGCUGUCUGCUCCAAUGGCCACAUUUGGCUCCGGUGCUUUUUAACCUACCAGUCCUGCCAGAGUUUGAUAUACAGAAGGUGUUUGCUCCAUGACAGCAUCGCUCGCCAUCCAAUUCCGGAAGACCCUGACUGGAUCAAGAGGUUACUACAAAGCCCCUGCCCUUUCUGCGACUCUCCUGUCUUCUGA